CUGAGCCCAGCCAGGGAGUGUGGCUCCACCUCCACGUUCAGAUAUAUCUUCCUUGAGUUUCUACCUCUCAAAGUGCUGAUUUUCCAAGUGCCUCCUCUGGGCCCUGCUCCCUGUGCAUUCUUGGCCACAGCUUACAAGUGAAGAACUGGUUGUGAUGUCAGGAGCUCCCCCUAGCAUCAAGGAGGACAUAGAAAUGUCUGUGGCCGAGGAGCUGGAUCCUGGAAGCCAAGGGCCUAGCCAAGAGCACCUGGUGAAGGCAGAAAUGAUGGAACAUGGAUCCCGCUACUUUGGUGCUUUCCAGCGGCAACAGAAGUUGGAUCCAAAGGCUGUUGGCUCUGCUGCAGGCCAGCCAGUUUGGAAUAUGAUGGCUAGCUGGUCCAAGAUAGUGGGGCCCCAGCUGCCAACAACCAGAAUGCUGAGAGAAUACGGCCAUGGCAAUGCCCAUGCCCAGGAGUAUCCUGGCAGCUUCCAAAGCAUGAGGUUCCAACAUGAGCGCAACCCAGAGGCAGAUAUGAUUGCUGAGAUUGGCCUGGAAGAGCUCACUGGGCUGGAGAUGGAAGUCAUGAGAAGACAGCUGCAGGUGAUCACUGAGCGUCUGCACGCCCUGGAGGACCAGGAUGCCACCUGGCGCCACAGGGAAGCCCUGUUCUUCACCAUGCUGGUGUCUGUCUGCGUCGCCAACCUGUGGCUGUGGAUGCGCCAGUGAUGCUUAAGGCCGCCCUACUGUGCAGCUGGAGCCCUCCACUCCUCCCCUUCUUCCCUUCGCUCCCUCAGCCGCCCCUGCCCAUCCUCCUUCCAACUCUCAGCAGCCUUUGGCAGCAUCAGAGCCAUUUUCCAACUCUGCCUGAGUGAGGCCCUGGAGGCUAGGAGGUGUGAGGGAAGUAUGGCAUUCCAAAGGUCUGGAUGGGCUGAGAUGCAGCCCCUCUGGAGGGUGAGGAGGGUGGCAUCCAGUCCACACAAUAACACCAGUGGUAGGUGCUUCCUGCUUGCCUGUCAGGGUUCCACGGUGACCAUCUUGGAGCUAGACUUGGCCUCUGGGCCCUCAGUGUCCCUUCUGUUCCAUCCUCUGUUGCAGUGGCUUGGCUGCAUUUUCCCCAUUUUUCUUCAAUAUUGUGCACAGGGCUCUGCACAGAUAAUGCUGUCAAUAAAAGUUAUGUGAUAACAGCAAA